AUGGAAGACGCGGCUGCUGAUAUCACGCGUCAAGCUGAGCUGGUGGUGAUGGAUUGUUUGAAGAGUUGGAACUGCCCGCGAGCGUUGGAUGCGUUCAUGGAUAAAUCUUCUGCUGCUGACGGGUCAGCAGUUGCAAGCGAGCGGUUCUCGAACGACAUGAAGGCCAAAACGAAGGCUGCGAAGGACGGUAUGAGUCUGUUGGAGUACUUGGUCAGCAGUGUUGGAGAUCAAACGUCCAGCAGUCGACAACGAUCAAAAUCAGCUAAGGACGACGAGGCUGAGUCUGGUGUUGAGUGGACGAAGGAAGACGUUAGUGCGUUGAAGUCAGCAAUCAAGAAAACGAGCGCCGUGGAGGAGAAGAAUGCACGAUGGAAGGCAAUCGCGGUGCUUGUAGGGGACGGGAAGACAAAGAAGCAUUGCUAUCUCAAGUACAAAAUACUUAAAGAGGAACAGGCUGCUGCGAAGAAAAAAGCGUCACCUCGUCAUUCUUCGACAUCAAAACCUUUGGAAGAAUCGACAGCUUUUGCUAUGGAAGAUUGCGAAGAUAUGGGGAUGCUGCUUGAUCAACCAACAACUGGUAGAGCUCAACCAAGUCGGACAAACUGCAGCUUUAGGUCUCCAUUUUCUGGUGGCGCGACGCGAACUCCGACUGCUUCAGAUGUUGCAGCAGUACAGCAACUUCUCUUUGGUACAAACAAGAAGACAUUCAGCAGUCACUGGGAAGAGCAGGGCUUCGUGUUUACGACAGUGCAAGAUCUCCAGUAUGGCUUAGUUCAGCAUCAGGGUGGACCAUGCGGUAUCUUGGCUGUGGUCCAAGGCUACGUAUUGCGCUUCUUACUGCAACAUGCUCCUCAUGUCUGGAAGAACCCAGACGUCCCACACCAAGAGCGCGCGUUAGUUCAAGCAUUAGCCCACAUCCUCUGGCAAGCAGCUCAAGCUUCCAGGGUUUCCGAGUGUGUCCUCGCCUUAAAAGACAAUAGCAAAGCUGGACAACGCAAAUUCAUGGCCGGCUUAAACCUACACGUUGCCACGACUGAAGAGCAAACCCGACAGAUCCUCACGACGUACUUACCACAGUUCAUGGACUCCAAAGGCUCCGGUCUAGUACAGUUUGUGUUCUCUGUUCUACUCACUAAAGGCGUCGAUACCAUAAAAAGCGAAAUGGACCAACUCGCAGGUGAUUCAGGCGGCCAAUUGAUUGGAGCUCACGACUACUGCACACAAGAGAUCGUCAACCUUUUGCUGUGCGGUUAUGCACGCAGCAACGUAUUCGACGGAGAGCAGGUUCUCGAAGGCACAAGUGGACCAGAUACAGACACACUGGUGCUUCACGGUAUUAGUUCUCAAUGUGUCAUCGGCUUCUUAUCACUGUUUGAGGCGUACCAGAACCUGGUUGUGGGGUCUUACCUCAAACAGCCUCGUGUGAACAUCUGGGUCGUCUGUAGCGAGUCGCACUACUCGGUUCUGUUUACUGCCGACCCACGAUCAUUGGAGGAUCGCGCAUUGGACACCCGAUCGAGCGUCGAGUUGCUGUACUACGACGGGCUCUCUAACCAGGACGAGGAGAUCCGUCUAACGGUCGACACGUUUGCACUGGCCGAGAACAGCGCAAUAGCAAGCCACAACGACCUCAUCCCGCCGCUUGAUCUCGUAAUUCGUACCAAGUGGCCUCGAGCGGCGGUGGACUGGAACGGAGUCGAACCAUUACUAUGA